UUAUGGAUUUCGAGCAUUCAGACUAAUUUACUUAGAGAGUAGAACUAAUAAUUAGAAAUGUAACAUAUGUAAUUCUGAAUACAUUUAGUUCUUACAUAUACCACAGGAAGCCAAUCAUAAUUGGAAAGAGAUUAAUUAAAAAAUAGAUUACUUACAAAAUUAGUUGGUGGAAGUACAAUUGUAUCAAAUAAGCCAUUAUCAAAAGGAGCAUUCUAUAAUAUUUAAAAUAGAGUUUUGAAGCGAUUCGAGAAUAAUUGUAAUGUGAUUUAGAACAAAUUUACAUUUAGACUCAAUCAAAAAAAUAACAAUAAAUACCUCUUCUGAACACUAAUGAGGUUAUGAUAAAUGAAUAAAUAAAUUAAAUAGGAUUAAAUAUAAAUGAAAUUGAGAAAAGUUUAGAUAAUAAAAUUGAUUUACUAAAUAACAAAGUAGAGAAAAUUAGUAUAAAUAGACAUGAUUUGUAAGAAUAGAUUAAAUCAUAUGAUGGUAUAAUAAUAAUAAUAUAUAUUUUAGCAAGAAUGGAAUCAUAAUGGCAAGGUUUGGCUAAUGUUUCUGAUCAAUUUUGGUUAUUGAAGAAAUAAUUUGAAUAACUUUUGAUUGAAACUCCAUAGUAGAAAAAAAAAUACUCUUUAUUUACAUGA